UCAUCACAGAGCGACUCUUCUCAGCGCUGCUUGUUUCUACGCAGUUUCUACGCUGUGGGGAUUUAAUGGAAAUUUCCACUACUUUUGAACGAUCAAAAACACUUAUUUCAAUUAAUUUAGUCCUAUAUAUCGCCUUCUAAAUAGGACCCGGAUACUCCGAGGUGGAUAUAAAAUCAGAUUGGUGUAUUCUAAGAGCGUAAUCUGCGUUAGCACAGCCACACUUCUGAGUGCAACUCUGCUCUUCUUCAGUGACUCAUAACAGAGGUGUUAUUAUCGUCGGAAACAUUCGCUAAACUGUCUGUGAUGGAGUAUCACAGUGUGGGGCCCGGAGGUGUGAUGGUCUCGGGGAGUAAUGUACCUGCGUUUCUGACUAAACUCUGGACGCUGGUGGAGGAUCCGGACACGGACCCAUUAAUCUGCUGGAGUCCAAACGGUAACAGCUUCCACGUGUUCGACCAGGGCAGGUUUUCCAAAGAGGUUCUGCCGAAAUAUUUUAAACACAAUAACAUGGCCAGUUUUGUUCGCCAGCUCAAUAUGUAUGGAUUUCGGAAAGUUGUCCACAUUGAGCAGGGUGGGCUGGUAAAACCAGAGAAAGAUGACACUGAAUUCCAGCAUCCAUAUUUCAUUCGCGGACAGGAGCAUCUGCUGGAGAACAUCAAGAGGAAAGUCACAACGGUGUCGAAUAUUAAGCACGAGGACUUCAAGUUGAACACAGACGAAAUGUCUAAAAUGAUCACAGAUGUCCAGCUCAUGAAGGGCAAGCAGGAGUCGAUGGACUCCAAAAUCAGCACCCUCAAACAUGAGAAUGAAGCGCUCUGGAGGGAAGUUGCCACUUUGAGACAGAAACAUGCUCAACAGCAGAAAGUCGUCAAUAAGCUCAUUCAGUUCUUGAUCACACUGGCACGGUCCAACAGAGUCCUGGGAGUGAAACGAAAGAUGCCCUUGAUGUUAAAUGAUGGCAGCUCCACGCACUCCAUGCCCAAAUACUCUCGGCAGUACUCGCUCGAGUCUUCUCCCACUAUCUCUCCCUCCCCUACAGCUUUCUCUGGAACGGGUGUCUUCACCUCAGAAUCGCCUGUCAAGACGGGGCCAAUCAUCUCUGAUAUCACCGAACUGGCGCAGUCCAACCCUGUGGCCACAGAGGAGUGGGUCGAAGACAGAACAAGCCCAUUGGUCCACAUCAAGGAAGAGCCGUCUAGCCCCGCCCACAGUCCUGAGGUGGAGGAGGUGUGUCCUGUGGAAGUAGAAGUGGGGGCGGUAUCAGGUGUACCUGUGGACACGCCCCUCUCCCCCACAACCUUCAUCAACUCCAUCCUCCAGGAGAGCGAUCCCAUCACCGCCCCGACCCCGCCUCCCAGCGAACAGAGGUGUCUGAGCGUGGCCUGCUUGGACAAUUAUCCUCAGAUGUCUGAGAUCUCUCGCCUUUUCUCCGGCUUCUCCACCUCGUCUCUACACCUCAGGCCUCAUCCCGGGACCGAACUAAGUGAUCAUCUGGAGACCAUAGACUCUGGAUUAGAAAACCUUCAGCAGAUCCUCAACGCUCAGUCCAUUAACUUCGACACCUCGUCUUUCUUUGAUAUUUUCACAUCAUCUGCAGCUGAUGUGGAUCUGGACAGCCUGGCUAGUAUCCAGGACCUUCUGUCGCCUGAACCCAUGAAAGAAACUGAAUCCGGUGCGGACAGUGGAGAUUCAGGCAAGCAGCUUGUCCAGUACACGUCCCAGCCUGUGAUUCUCCCUGACCCCGUCAGCACCGAGACCAGUGGCCCCGACCUGCCCAUCCUCCUGGAGCUUGAGGGAGACUCGUAUUUCGGGUCAGAACCAGCUGAAGACCCGACCAUCUCUCUUCUCAACUUCCAGUCCCCUGUCCCUGAAGACCCCAAACUAUCAUAGAGAGAGCAGCUUUUAUAAAGGGAUUUAUGUCAGCGUGGGUUUUUAAAAAAAAAAAAAAAAAAAGAUUCUCUGCAUUUUAUUUGAUUUUUGGUCAUUUAACAUGUCAGGGCUAGCCAUUAGAUUGGUACUCUGGUAUCUACCUUCACGUUUAGUCUGGGAAAAAUCAAUAUAAAAGCAGUAUAGAGAUUCCAGUAUUCCUUCAGAAACCUCCUUCAUGGAGUUGAAACAUCAAAAAUAGCUUUUAUUCAUUGGUUGGGUAGUUUCCAGCGGUGAGAAAUCCUCAAACUAAAUGUGUAGCUUUGUGUGCUUGCCUUUUAUUUAUCUGGAUUGGAUUUGCAUCUACGCUAAGCAAUUCUCUUGCAGUCUCACCACCGCAGAAUUGCAAAAACCUCAAGUUUUGCCUGUUAUAUGUGCAUAAUUUUGCUAUUCUGGUUGCCAUUAUUUGAUCUAAUUAUGUGGUGACCCCCAUAUUGUUAUAUUUGACACCUAGGUCAAUAUUUUCUUUGCAGUAUAUAUCGAAAUGCUGUUAAAGCAAAAAAAAUAAAUAAAUAUAAUGCUAAAUUAAAAUAACAUGCAAACCUUUUUAUAGCAAGGAAAUGAAGUCGGUUUAAUUGGACAAACAUGAAACGAGCAUCAAAAAAAAUCUAUGUUGCGUAAACUUGUCCAGCAUCGCACUAGCUGUCUUCAAAGCCAUAGCUUUUACUAAUUAUAUAAUGUCCGAUCUUUGUGAUGAUGGGUAUGUAUUCAGACAAAACCAGUUUAAGGUGCGCGUUCAGAGAUUUUAAUGAAAGUUUUUGUACUAAAAUCAAUCAUAUUUUUUUUGCUUUUGAAAGUUCUAAUAAACAGGACAGCCAGUGAUGCUGUAUAUAGGACAUAUGUUUGAGUAUAUAUAAAUAGCUUAGAGUCUGCGUUUGUUUUGAGGAAACAAAUUAAUUUCAGGCUUUGAAAACCCAUUCAAAAUGGGCGAGUUACACAAUAAGUGUAUUAUAGGUUGACGGGUGUAUCAGAUGAUUUGAUUUGAAGAAUUUGUGCAAUAAUCCAACACUUAACUAACUUUCACAGUAACACUUCCUUUUAAUCUCUUUUUCUUUUCUUUUUUUUCCUUUGUUUUUGUUUGCUCAGCAAAAGCAUCUAGAAAAUAUAAUGGGUGAAUCUUACGAACCUUUUGUGAGAUUCACUUGCAAAUUGGAUACCAAAAUAACAUUGAAAGUGUAUGGUUUUUUUUGUUUUGUGCGAUUUGUACACAUGCUAUUCUCUAUAGACUUCCAUCGCUUCCAUUGUUUAUUUUCGGAUGGUCAGCGUGGUAAAGGAACUGGGAGAGGAAUGUCACUAGUUCAUGAUUCUGAUCAUUUUUCAAUCACAUUUUAGUCAUUGGGUGACUGUCAUAGCCAGAGAGACAUUAAUAUUAGGGAUAAAUUAUUUUAUUACGCAUGUGAACAACACUUUGUGUAUUGAUAUGUUUCAAAUAAAAUGUUUUUGAAAGUA